ACUCGUUUUUGUUCUGUUAUAACAAUGCCCUGUUUCUAUGCAGGUUAUGUUUGAGAGGAUGAGGAUGAGGCUGAAGAAGGAGGAAGAGAGAGGAAGAGAGAGCUUUGCUUCUGAACCAAGCAGGGUGGCUGAGAUGCAGCCUGCUGCAGCCACAACGACCACUCCUGAAGCACCAUCACCAACUGCAGCCACUAGCGCAGAACAAGAAUCUGUGAGAUAAUGGAUGAGUGUUGUCAGUGAGACGCUAAGGAGGUUGAAUAUAAAUUCAUCGAUCCUUUCUUAAUGUACUGACUCUAAUGGCUCUCAACUGGCAUGUGGUUUCAAGUGUACCUAGCUAGGCCAACGGCUCACUACAGUUGUUAAUGUCACUGUGCUUUUAGGUGCAAGGUUAUGUUGGAUGAUAGGAGUCUCUAAUUAAGAUUCAGCUAUAGA